GUGGGAUGAAAUGACGCAGGUUUGCAUCAAGCUGGUAAACUGCCAUGACUGCUGUUCUAACCCUGUGUUUGUCUAAGAGCUACUCCUGCUUUCAGAACCUUCCAAGGCACCUUGAUGUGCACAGAACCAGCAGUGAAACCCCCCACCCCAACCCUCAUUACCCUUUAACGGGGGGAAGGAGACAUGAGCCUUCCAUGACUCAUUUCCUUUCAUCAAGGUUCUUGCUGGUUUCCAGCUCCAUCCAGAUCUCUCUGCCUUUGAAUGCUCCUUUAGAAAUGUAACAGGACAGCUCUGAGAAUUCACUUUUCUUGGUGGCAGCCCCAGGAGCUGACAGAGCACCGGCAGCAGAGGGAAUGUUCAACUACCUCCGGAAACGCUUUGCCAGCCACGUCACAGAACGAAGCCGGAGAAAAGCAAGGCUUGUUUCUAAAGAUGGAAGGUGCAACAUUGAGUUUGGCAAUGUGGAACAGUCAAGGUUUGUCUUUUUGAUCGAUAUAUGGACAACUAUCCUGGAUUUGAGGUGGAGGUACAAAAUGACCAUCUUCAUUUCAGCGUUCUUAGGCAGCUGGUUUCUGUUUGGUCUCCUCUGGUACGUUGUGGCCUACAUACAUAAAGACCUUCCAGAAUUCAACCCCUCCAUCAAUCACACUCCCUGUGUUGAAAAUAUCAAUGGUCUGACUUCAGCUUUCCUGUUUUCCUUGGAGACACAGGUCACUAUUGGCUAUGGCUUCAGGUGUGUCACAGAACAAUGUGUCACUGCCAUUUUCCUGCUCAUCUUCCAGUCUAUCUUGGGGGUAAUCAUCAAUUCUUUCAUGUGUGGCGCCAUCUUGGCCAAGAUAUCAAGGUCCAAAAACAGGGCCAAGACCAUCACCUUCAGCAGGAACGCAGUCAUCAGCAAACGUGGUGGGAAGCUCUGCCUCCUCAUCAGGGUGGCAAACCUCAGGAAGAGUCUUCUCAUUGGGAGUCACAUCUAUGGCAAACUCCUGAAGACCACCAUCACCCCAGAAGGAGAGACGAUCAUUCUGGACCAGGUCAACAUCGAGUUUAUCGUUGACGCUGGCAAUGAAAAUCUCUUCUUCAUUUCCCCAUUGACUAUUUACCAUAUCAUAGACAAGAACAGCCCUUUCUUCCACAUGGCGGCAGAAACAAUUCUGCAGCAGGAUUUUGAGCUGGUUGUGUUUUUAGAUGGCACUGUUGAAGCCACCAGCGCUACCUGUCAAGUGAGGACAUCUUACAUCCCAGAAGAGGUGCUGUGGGGUUAUCGCUUUGCUCCCAUUGUAUCCAAGACCAAAGAAGGGAAAUACAGAGUAGACUUCCAGAACUUCAGCAAGACAGUGGCAGUGGAAAUGCCCCACUGUGCCUUCUGCCUCUACAAUGAGAAAGAAGCCAAAGCCAAAGAGAAGAAAGGCUUUGACAACCCUGGCUUUGUCUUGGCAGAAGCCAGCGAAGCCAGUGACACAAAGAUGUAGCUCCAAACCUUUAUCAGACUGCACCUUUCUGCAUAGUUAAUUCAAUCGUGAGAGGAUUCAUAACUUAGCAAAACAAAUAACAGGUUUGUUUUAACUCCACAACAGCAUCUAUCUUCUCAACAGCCUCAAAUCAGAGAGGACCAGCAUGCCAUUGAUCACCACAACACUAUUUAACAAUGCUACAUAUUGCAUAGGAUUUAUAUUUUUAUAUCUGUGGGACAUUUGAUGACGCUGCUAAUUUGGAGCCUCCAACUCACUUCAGCUCCCAGAGGAGCAGCAGCUUUACAAAGGCUGAAAAGAGAAACUUUGAGUCAUUCUUAAGGAGCAAAGCUGUCAGAAUGAGAGCAGAGAAGGACAGACAGAAGGCCAAACUUCUCCAUGUGGACUAAAGGGACUUAGACAAAACCUCACCAUAAACACAUGUCCCUCAUUGCCAAAGCCCUCUGAGGAUGCAGACUCUUUGGCUCCGGACCCCUUGAGCACUUUUGAACCUUUUGAAACAAUUCCUUCUUAUUUUGAGCUGACGUAUUUAUAGAAAUAAGGGAUGGUACGUGCUUAGGAGGGGGUUGUAAGGACACCAUCCUCCUGCACUGCCUACUUCAUAAACAGUUCUCUUCUGUGAAAGCCUUUGAUUCCUUGAGGGAAAAUGCCAAAUGGAAAUGGAAAGUGAAAACAAACACAAGCAGAGACACCUGCCAUGAGAGAAGAGGAAUUUUGCAGCUUGUUCUUGACAGAGGGAAACUGGGCAUGGCAUGAAGUGGGUCAGACCCCAGGUUGGCAGGGCCAUGGCUGAGCCAAGCUCACAUGGACAGGGAUCGUAGGCAACCAAAAUAGGGACCCAGGAAAGGAGCCGUCCUCCCUCUGGCUGCCACCCAGGGAGUGCAGAGCCCGGCAGCAGUGAGGGAUUUCCUCUUCAUGUCCAGAGAGGGCUGUGUGUCACUUGAGAGAUAAAGGCCCAGAGCAGGGAAAAAUGGUUAUCGGGAGACACCCUGCAUGCAGCGCUGCUCAGGACCGACUCCAUAGGAAAUCUAUUUCGGGGGCUGUCACCUCUACUUCCAUUAAAAGAAAGUUCAGUUAAGAGGAUGAAAAUAAAUGUAAUCUUGCUGAGCAGAAGUGGUUCUGGAGGGAACCACUGCCCUGAUACUGGAAACAAAAGCGAGUUUCUUUGCCUGUGACAGCACUUCAUUGUCACAUCUGCACAGCACUCUUUUCUAAACCCUCAUGGUUCUCUUCCCCCUCCCUCCAGCCUGCAGUCUGUCCAAACAGUGGCAGAAACAACUGCAGAAUACAAUGCAGAGGCCACCAGCCUCAUUGGUACAGAGCAAAGCCAUCUCAGAUCCCUAUCCUCAGGGGAGGAAGCACAUACUUACUGCUGGAUGAAUCAGCCUGCGUUGCAAAGGCCCACAGUGCUCACCCAGUUCCAACCCCCUGCUAUGUGCAGGGUCACAAACCAGCAGCCCAGGCUGCCCAGAGCCACAUCCAGCCUGGCCUUGAAUGCCUGCAGGGACAGGGCAUCCACAGCCUCCUUGGGCAACCUGUUCCAGUGAACAUGAAGGCCGGGAGGGAUUAGCUGUGAAAGCAUUAGCCAAGCAGCAAAGCUUGGGAAUAAUGUGUCUGCACUAAACUUAAUUUAUCUUCUCGUUUCACAAACAACAUGUUCCUUCUACUGUAUUUAUUUUAAACAUUCGUUCAAGCUGUGCAUAAUAUUUCAAUCAUUUUGAAAUAGAUUCACCCUCCUGCUGGCAAAUGAAUAAGGCAUCCUGCUGGCUGCCGGAGAAAGGGCCAUGAAUUAAAGUAUCUGCUUUCAGUAAAGCGACAUGUGCUCGUGAGCUGUCUGCACACACCCUUUGGUAACAAGUGAGAAGAAACUCCUAAACAACAACAAUAAAGCAAACCUUGGCAAUCA